ACGUAUACGUUGAUAACCGUGAAAAUAAACUUCUAUGAAUACAUUUUCACGGUUUAAACAGUCAAGAAGCAGUAUACGUUCGAUAUUUAGUACGGCAACCGCUUAAUCCUUGAGAAAACACGAAAGUUGUUUAUAUUUACGCAGUGACGUGCGCGAUUCCGCAAAACUGGCUCACCAAUUUUGGAUAUCCUAUCACCCACCGACUGGAAACAAACAUACAUCCAGCGGUGAUGAAACUCCCCCAAUACCAGAGGAGGAGCUGGAACAGCAGAAAAUUGAACAUGAAAAGCAGGUGCAAAAGGAGAAAGAAUGCCAAGCAAGGGAGGCAGAAGAGGUUCGACAACUCGACAUAGAGCUGUUGCACCAGCGAGCGAUCGAAGCGGAAGAAGAACAAAAGCGAGAGAUAGCCGAAGCAGUGGAAGAGUUACGUGGCAUGAACACCUCGUGGUCUCAUCAUCGACUUUGCGACUUACAACGUCAAGCUGCCAGGUGGCGGCACAGUCGGCCUUCUAUACCAGAUACUACUAAACACUACAGGAGCGUCCUGAAGAAGGCAUGCAGUGCACAGUUGACCAAGCCUCAGUCCAGCCAGAGUAUAUGCGAGGAGGACGGCAUAUUCAUCAACUUGUCUCGCCUUGGCCCAUGCAGAGACGAAUCUUUGGACAGCGAUGGUUGCUGCGAGACACCAGGGUGUACCGCCAGCCCAGAGACCAGACCUUGGAGGGCAUCAGCCAACGACGUCAGCCCCCAGAGGCGGAUGGACUUAGUUAGAGCCCCUUCGUGUCCAGGAUGUCGCGCUCCAAUCGCUUCUCUCGAUUGUAUGGAUGAUUUUAGUGCGAACUCCCAACAAAUGCUGGACCAAGGGGAAGUGACGGUAUCCCGUCACAUGUCUGGAUAUAUGGCCAAUAGUAACGCUAUGGCCUCGUCCGUGACUCCCGGCCUCCGCUAUAAGAACUUGGGCAAGUCUGGCCUCAGGGUUCCCAAUAUUGGGCUGGGUAUGUGGACGAUGGUCAAUGAAGAAAGCGCGGAGGAUAUCAUUAUGACAGCCUUGGAAAAUGGGAUCAAUUUAUUUGAUCUGUCUGAGGCCCACUGCGCUAAAGGCGAAGCUGAACUGGGCAGGAUCUUGAAGAAAAGAAACGUGAGAAGAACAAGCAUUAUUAUUACUACGAAAAUUUACUGGAGCACCAAAUCUGAUGAGAGAGGUCUCUCUCGAAAGCAUAUCAUCGAAAGUGUAAAAGCAUCUCUGGCUAGACUUCAAGUCGAAUAUAUUGACGUAGUACUUUUGCACAAAGUAGAUCCAGUCUGCCCAAUGGAAGAGCUGGUGCGUGCUAUGAACUUUGUGAUAAAUCAGGGAUGGGUGAUGUACUGGGGCACAGCUCGUUGGUCUCCCUCAGAGAUAAUGGAUGCUUACACAAACUGCAGACAGUUCAACUGCAUCACGCCGAUAGUUGAACAGACAGAAUAUCACAUGUUCUGCAGGGAGAAGCCUGAACUCUACAUGCCAGAGUUGUAUCACAAGAUUGGUGUUGGAAUGAUGGUGUGGUCAGCUAUCACCACGGGCAAAGGGCUCGGCCGUGAGGAGAUUACUGGACUCUUCGCCAAGUCCCGCUUCAACAGGAAAUAUAGCACCUUCAGUUGGUGCGAGGAAGACCUGGCGGUUCCAGAGAUGCGUAGCUCUGGCAGUAAGGAACAAGUAACUGGUGAAGAACCACGCACAUACGGUGACAAGCUUCGUGAUCUUUCCAAUCUGGCAAACUCACUAAACUGCUCUAUGAGCCAGCUGGCAGUAGCUUGGUGCCUGAAGAAUGAGUCGGUGAACUGCCUAUUACUAGGCGCCACCAGUGUGGAACAGUUCAAAGAAAAUAUACACGCUUUACAGAUAGUGCCGCAGCUGACUCCGUUGGUGAUGAUCGAGAUAGAGCGUCUGCUGGCAAACAAGCCGCAGAGGCCGCCCAUGGUGUCUACCCUGGCCAUGCGCAACCAGCAGAACAACACAGUCCGCAUUGAUAUGACCGGUGUCACAUCAGGCACUGGAUCGCCCAAGCCGGAGGGCGAAGGCGCCGAGGGCGAGGCGUCCACCCCCGGCAAGGAGACUGGGCGGGCCUUCUGUGAGAUCCAGUGACCGUGGUGGCGCGGAAGCACUGACUCUGCUUCCAAAUCUAGCAAAUCAAAGGAAUCACUUAAGGACUCUAAACCUAAAUUCUUUUUAAACAAUGCCGGCGAAGUCAUCAAACGCACAGAGCAAGACGGAGUAUCAACAGAUGUGGUGAUCUCUGUAUCUUCCCUGAAAGGCAAGCAGCCCGCCAGCGGCGGCAGCAAGGUAAAGAAGUCCAAGUCAGAUACUGCUCGUCCGCGCUCCGCCUCGCUCCAGCGGUCCUCCUCGGGCCAGCUGUCGGUCGCCCGGGACCGACGCCGCUCCCGUCUCGAGCUGGGGUCUCCUGCUGACAUUUAGCGCUACUAACUUUUCAGUUGAGUCGCGAUACGACACAAUACAAGUGUGAAAUACUCAACCUACUACCAAAAAUCAAAUCAAUGCUUUUAAACCCUGAAAGGGAUGGACUAUGUGAAAUUAUGCCAAAUUACCUGGAACUGUUAAUUAAUAAAGGAUGUGAAUACAGCAUAGUUUUAGAUACAGUAAAUUGAUAUUGUUUAGGUGGAUACUACGAUGGACGGUCACACCUGGUGGUGAAUUAUGGUCUGUGAUUAUGAAUGAUUACUUGAUUGUUCGAUUAAAAUGUAUAUAAAGUGGAGUAAUAAAAUCACUGUAGUAGAAUAUAAUUCACUCUUUGUGGUAAAUGGUAAGACUGUAGCAUAAGAUUUAUGUCAGUACGUAAUAACUAGAACGAGAUCGUUUUAACGGCCGAUCAAGUAGCUCUUGGUAAGGUAAGUACUGUUAUACAAUCUUUCCUAUUUUUCUUAGAAAACUAUAGUAGACUGGAUUUCAAUCAAAGUAGUAGGUAGUUUGAAAGAGACAACUUCUUCACAUUGAAACGAAUAGCGGAACACCUUUGAACACCGUAGAACUUAUUGUGUCCUAGAUAUUAAGUCAACGAGCAAAAACUUAGAGCCGUUACCACACAGCGGUUGUAUAAAUGAUUCCUUUGAAUUCACUAAUAGAGAAGCCGAGUCUUUUAAAACACUUUGCUGAUAAAAAAUUGCUUACACUACGCUUGUUUUUAAAAUCUGGCUUAAACAUAAUUAAGUUAUAUUUGAUUUAUUCCACUCAAAUUUAAGUAACGAAAUUAGUUCUCGGAAACUAUUUUUGUGUAUUUCAUCUAAAUCAAACUUUCUUAAUGACUAGUUAUGCUACUUCGGCUAUGCUCAAUUAGGCACAGAUUUAUAUUUUAUAGACACAGCGCACUUAGAUACUACAUUAAAUGUUGUGUAGAGUGGACUAAAUGGCCUACAUACGACAUAUAAAUCGGUACCUAUUGUAGUCCUUUUAUUGCUAAAUAGCGUUCCUUGAAUAGACCACUAGCGACAUUGAUAUGGGUCGCUGGCCAGCAGCAUUGGGACGUACUAGGUAUACCUUAAGGUAACUUACCACUUGGUAGUAAGGUAAAACAUGUCUAAAAUAUUAUAUGUUAUAUGUCAUGGUAUAACUACCAAUUUUUUGUUACCAUUAAGUUUCUGUUAUUUAGUAAAAUAUACAAUAGUUAGCAAAUAAUUAAAAGUUGUAUUAUCAAUUCAUUAUACAUAUAAUUACUAUGUAUGUAUUAUAUAAAUUAUGAAAUUACCGUUGUUCUUUAAGAAUAUUACAAUUUAAAUUCAAUGUUAGAGAAUUAAUUCGAUUUAACUUAGAGAGUAAACAAACAUCUUACAUGAAGAUGCAUCAGAGUCCACAGUACCUGUUAAUGUUAUAUGAAAUAGUUAAAUGUUAAUGAUAAUAAUUGUUUCAAUGUGACUUUUUCCGUGUUAUGGUAUUGUAGUAAAAUUUUUAAGUAAUUAUACAUGUAUGUAUUUUAUAAUAGAUUAAUAAUAUAACAUAGAAAAUUUGGAAAAUUCGACACUACCUAUAUACCAAAAACAAUUAUAUUGUAUUAUCUCGUAACUUUCAAUAUAAUAACAGUCUAUUUGAUGUCUAAUAACGUAAACAAAUUUAAUAUCAAUGUUAGCCAUAUAUUCUGAUUCAGAUUACUAGAAAUAUUUUAUUUAUUGUUAUUGUACUUCGAAGAUAAUUAAACCUAUUUAGGCAAUUUUACUAUUUCUAAUAGGUACCCUUGUGUAUGUAUCACAAGAUUCAUCUCUCAUUUGUUCUUUCAUAUCAUUAGAUUAAAUAUAAGGCUCAGGCCUUCAGGAUUUGCUAAGCAACCACCUCUUAGAUACGAUUUUUUAAUGUUUAAGCCAGGAAUGUAACCAAAAUAUUAAUUAAAUAAAGCA